GAUUGAACUCCGCUUACAGAUUGGCGUAAUAUAAAAAUAGCAUGCACGGAGUGGGCCCCAUCAGCCACACUGGUGUUCCCGGUUCGAGUGGGGGGGGGCAGACGGAAAUCAAACAACCUAUUCACCAAUAAAUUUGAAAGACGUGCAGGCAAUUGUUAAAGCGGUUGCAGACAAAGGAAUAAAUUCUGCCGCAGUUUCCACACUCAUUGAUAGCAUUUUUGGAGGCAAUGAUAUGCUUCUCUUUGAUAUCAAACAGACUUGGAGGCUGAUCUUUGAUGGGGCGGGGAUGAUCAUUUUUAAACAAGAAUGGGAGGACAAUUGUGCAAAGCAGCUAGCCUUAGUAACGGGGGAAAACCAUCCACUGCACGGCUCCAGCAUACAGAGGCUAAUGGGCACAAACCCAGCUAUGAUCACCCCACAAGCACAGGCAGAGGGCCUGUGGGCCCAUGAGGUCAUAAUAACAACCCGUGCAGCCCAAAAAGCCAUCCGUGCUUCUUCUAAACUAAUAGUCAGACCAUCACCAUUGUCCACAGUAAAGGAGAGUAAGAAUGAAAGCUUCACUCAGUUCAUGAACCGCCUCCAGGCAGCAUUAGAUUCCUCUGCAUUACCUUCAGAGGUGAAGGGUCCUGUGCUAGUAGACUGCCUACGCCAGCAAUGCAAUUCAUCCACCAAGGACAUUUUAAGAUCACUGCCACCUGGGAAAGAGAUUGCAGCUAACCACAGCUCUAGCCACAAAAAACAGAUGCUAAAAUCUACCUCCUCCCCAUCCAAUAUCUUAGCCAAACCAACCCUCUCCAAUCCAUUCCUACGCUUGUUAAAUGCUACCUUUUUAUCGUUAAACCAAUCCAACCCGAACCUCACAGAAUCAUGCUGGUUAUGCUAUGAUGCACAACCCCGUUUUUAUGAAGGUGUUGCCCUCGAUCUCCCAUUCUUAUUUUCAAAGUCACACAGUCCACGCCAAUGCAGAUGGGACACCCCCCGGAGAGGCAUUACCCUAAGCCAGGUCACGGGCCAAGGCAAAUGCUUUGGCAAUGCAACCUUGGCAAUGCAGAUGGGCAACGUCUGCCUGAAAUUCGUCAAACUCAAAGGGGGGAAGUUCCAGUGGGUGAUCCCAGCUGCAUUGAGAAUGUGGGUCUGUCAACGAUCCAAGGUAAGCCCAUGUGUACUCCUUAACUAA